AUGCCAAUCUACAACACGCUCGAGGAAGCCCUCGCAGACCAACCCGCAAUGCGCUACUCCCUGCUCCCACCAUCCUACACACCCAGCAGGUCCGACAGCGCCGUCAGCCUAGACAAGCAGCGCCGCAUCACGAUGCCCUUGAACAUGCCGCGCCCCUCCCUCAAUACGAACUGCUGUGGCGGCUCGGGGAGUAUUCAUGACUUGUCGCCGCUGUUCGAGGAGGAGAAUCCGAUGGAGAGUAUCGGGAUGGAUGACUUGCAGCCUGCUGAUCACCCGGAGGCCGGGAGGAAGGUGCAGCCACAGGAGGGAGAUGGGGAGAAGGCGAAGAACGGAAAGAAGUCGAUUUGGGGACCGGCGCAGGUGUGGUUCACUGGCUAUGCCAAGAAUGAGCCCCAGUGCGAGAUGGGGGCGGAGCGACAGUCUUGGGUGCUGAAGUGCGGUGGGAAGCGAUCGGGUAUGCCAACGAGGAAAGACUGA